AUGAGAGGUCAUCAAGUGAUCCAGGCUGCUUCAUUGGUUUGGUUGUCGUUUUUCUCCCCAACAUGGUCAUUCGCACCCAGGUCCAUCGUCCUGUCACCAUGCCAACAACGACACUACUAUCGACGCCAGAUCUCCAAUGAGAGGACGAGAAAGAACCAGUCGCAACGUUUGCGGCAACCUGACACUCCAACCACUCUCCAUCUCUCAGCAGCCGAAGUCGAAUCGGCCGCCCUCGGAUUCUUUAAUGGAAUUCGUACCCCCUCUGCUCUCCUUGUGGGGACCUCGUUGACUGCCUUUUUCACCUUGGUGAAGGAGACCAAAAAACCGCAACCAAAUCGAAUGCGUGCGAGGUUGAUCGCCUUGUAUCACGUGCUGGCCCUUGUGUCCCUCUUGCUCAGUUUAAACGUUGUCAUCACCGCCACGGCUGCCGGAGCAGUUCUGUUGCUCGAUGAUUUUAAUGCCGAGGCAGUGACUCCCUAUGUGUUUAUGAAGAAUCACAUGUUCUACGAGUUGUUGACCACACGGUGGUCCUUCUAUGUGAGCUUGCUGUCAUUUCUUGGAGCUGUCACCACCAGAGCCCUGAUUGAGUUUGAUUUGCUCGAACGCAAACGACGCAAGCAAGCGGCAGUGUUCCUUUUCAGUAUGGGUGCUCUAGUCUCCCAUCUUAUUUCUUUUAUCAAUAGCACUCUCUAUUCUUCCCCGAAUUUGGCGGCCAUGACGGUACAAGUUUUCAAGGUGGUCUUUGUCAGAGCGGUUAGAAGUCGCAAUCCCUUGGAUCUCCUCUCGGUGAUCUUGCUCUUUCUCGCCGCGUCGGUGGGUGCUUCCAUGUGGUGGAGGGAUCCUGAAACUCAAGACUAG